CAGCGCAGGGCUAGAAUGUGUUGAAAUUGCAUCUGUUAUGAAUUUGGUGAAUUUAUUUGUGGAUGAAGAACAUGUGUGUCACAGUUGUUGAGAGUGAUAGCAUAUUGUGGUCGGAAUUGUCGUCGUCGUCGUCUUCCAACAAACUUGUUGUGGACUUCACAGCAAGUUGGUAAAAAUUAAUACAGUGAGAGGUGCAGACCCUGCAGGCCUAUAAAGGAAAAUACAGCAGCCCAUCUCAGCAGGAAUGUCAGGCGAAGGGGAGCCUAGUGUACAGGGCCACGUGGAUCUGGCCAGUUUUUAUGAUAAAAAGCAGUGUGAAUGUUUGAAUGAAUCUGACGAAAAUGGAUUUAAAAAUUGCCUCACAAAUUCUCCAAGUUAUCUGGAGUCUGACUGUGAUGAACAGCUUAUAAUAUCAAUUUCAUUCAUGCAACCUGUGAAAAUCCAUUCAAUAAAACUUAAAGCUGAUAAAGAAAAAGGACCAAAAACCAUAAAACUCUUCAUUAAUCGCACACAGACCCUUGAUUUUGACUCGGCAAAUUCUUAUGCCCCAGUUCAGGAAUUAAUACUUACACCAAGUGACCUCGAAGGGAAGCCUAUAAACCUAAAGUUUGUAAAGUUCCAGAAUGUUCAAAAUAUUCAACUAUUCAUCAAAGACAAUCAAUCUGGAAGUGAAGCGACUCAAAUUGAAUAUCUUUCAUUUAUUGGUUCAGCUAUAUCGACUACAAAAAUGGGUGACUUUAAGAGAGUUGCUGGGAAGAAAGGUGAAAGUCAUUAGAAACAUUGGAAUUUACUCACAAUUUACUAUCAUCUGCCUAAAAAUGACAAUAUUUAUGUAAUGCUAAAUCAGCAUUUCACACCUUUUCGUACAGUUUGGCAACAUGAUGGAGAAAUAAUGUUUACUGCUGAAAAUCAUUUGUUUGUUCAACAAGAAUGUCUGGUUUGUGUGACACGAUAUUGAGUAGCAUUUUCAACAUUUGGGUGUUUCACAUUUCUGUGAUCAGUACUAAAUUUCUACACAGAUGAGGAAAGGACAGACAUGUUACCCAUUCAACAAAGUACAUGCAGUACCUCCUUCUGGUAUUGUGCUGAACUAUUGCUUCAAAUUUGUAUGCCUCAUAGUUGUUUAUUGUACUGUUGAAUAAUUUGCAUUCUUCAUGUAAACAGCUUGUAUGAUUGAGAUGGCAUGUCUUACAUGUAAGAUACAGUGGUAUAAACUCAUGUAUUUAGGGUUCCAUAAUACAGUAUUAUUAGUUUCGCUCUACAUGUGACAGGUGAUGUGCAUUUUUAUCUGCAAUUGUUUAAAGGCACAGUGACAAUGAAAUUUAAUCUGACUACACAUAAAGAACGAUGUAUAAUUACUUCAGGAUAUUAGUUCAAGUUACUUAACAAAGUAAAAAAAAAAAAGAAUCCAAGUGAGAUAUACACUUCAGAUUUAUUAUUGCUGUUGUAGUUCUAAUUAUUUUCCUCAGCAGAGGUUAGAUUAAACCACCUUUUAUAAUCUCAUUCAGAAAAUUGUUAAAUUCACUCAAAGACAGAUGUCUUUGCAUUUAACUACUAUAAACUAAUUCGUAUAUUUGAUCUGUCAGCUUGAUGUAUCUGAAACAGAUGUGUUGAAGGAAUAUGAAAAUGCAGACAGAAGUAAAUGUCAUUAGCCUUACAUGUAGCGACAAAUGUAAUUGAUUUAAAUUUGUAUAUUAUUAGUCAUCUCACCGGCAUCUGUGUAUAUGUCGAUACACCAUAUAAUCACUAACUGAAAUGAACUAGCAGCUGUACAGUGUGUGUGUGUGUGUGUGUGUGUGUGUGUGUAUCAGAGAACAGCCAUGUCCUCAAUGAAUUCAGUCGUGUCACUUUUUUGUUUUAAAGCUUUUGAGAAUCAUAAUGCAUUAAUAUGGCUAAUAAAUUUUGUGGAUGCUA